UCUGUUUUUACAUUAUCCUCCAAAUCUCAUUUUUUGAAUCCUCUUCUCAUUUUUCCAACAUUCAAAUUUAGACAUUUAGAAUUACAACAUGGAGUUGCAGGAAUUUUGUUUAAGCAACAACUUCCAGUUUGUAAAUGAUCAGAACAGUCUCUUGGAGCCCUCGUCUUCUGAUGACCCACCUUCUCCACAAGAGCCAAGCAUUAAAUCCGACUCACCAAAUUUAACACCAUUCAGCCUGAGCAGCACAUCAGAAAGCAGUGGUUAUAGUGUCUUUUCCCAAUCUCUCGAACCUGCACACUUCACUGCUAAAGACAAUGAAGAGCUACAGCUGCAGUCACAGACAGGCUCCAUCCUAAACCGAGACUAUGUCCCGUCAUUCAGCCAUGGGCCCAAACGCUUAUGUCUGGUGUGUGGAGACUUUGCAUCUGGCUACCAUUAUGGUGUGGCAUCCUGUGAAGCAUGCAAGGCCUUUUUUAAGAGAACCAUUCAAGGAAAUAUUGAGUACAGCUGUCCGGUGGUGAAUGAGUGUGAGAUAACAAAGAGACGGAGGAAAUCAUGUCAGGCCUGCCGCUUUCAGAAAUGCCUGAGGGCAGGAAUGAUGCGUGAAGGUGUACGUAUGGAUCGUGUGAGAGGAGGCAGGCAAAAGUAUAAACGACGAGUAGAUUCAGGCCUGUCUGUUUUCAUCCAACCUGUUAAAACACAUCAGGUUAAAAGCAUCCGUAAUAAGGUGAUUUCUCAGUUGUUGGCUUCUGAACCAGCUCCACUAAGAGCCUCUCCUGACCCAGUGGUCCCUGAUAGUGACCUCAAAUCCUUGUUGACCUUAUGUGACCUUUUAAACCGAGAACUGCUGGUCAUGAUCAACUGGGCAAAACACAUACCAGGGUUCUCGUCACUCUCACUGUCGGAUCAGAUGGCGCUGCUACAGAGCGGAUGGAUGGAAGCUCUGCUGCUCUGUGUGGUGUGGCGUUCUCUGGCGUCAACUCAAGAACUGCAAUUUGCUGAAAAUCUUCAUCUGAACGAGCUUCAGUGCAAAAAUGCUGGUCUGCUGGAGCUUUAUACACCACUGAGACUCCUUAUUGACAAAUACCAACAACUCAACAUCAGCCAUGAGGAGGCUGUAACGCUCCGAGCCAUGGCACUCGCCAACUCAGAUGCCGAGCACGUGGAGAGUGGUGACAGUGUGCUGCGUUUUCAGGACGGACUGCAUGAGGCUCUGCAGGACUAUGAGGUGAAUGAGCGUGCAGCUGAACCUCACCGAGCUGGCAGACUGCUCAUGACACUGCCACUGCUCAGACAGAGCGCACACAGAGCCGUGCAUUGUUUCCGAAGCCUGCACAUGCAACACUGUGUGCCCAUGCACAAGCUUUUUCUGGAGAUGCUGGACACCAAGAGUUAGUUCUUUUUCUUGUAUUUGAGUAUUUUUGAAAUAUUCGUAACAGAAAAUCGAACUGCAUGGAAAGGAGUCAUGUUUCACGUAUUUUAACGUGAAAGAGUUUUAUGAGGUUUUCAACAUUUCCUUGUAAUACCACAUCAAGAAUCACUUUGUAUUAAGCUUUCUCAUCAAAUAUGCAUCUUUUAACAGCAUUGUUUAGGCCAGCAACAUUUAAAAACAACUGUUUCUAACUGUUGCAUCAUUUUAUUACAGUCUCACUUUUGUAUGCUUUGCUAUUCUGACCCAGAAUAUUGAAUGAAUGAUUACCUGAAAAUAUAAAGUAUAGUUUUUCUUUUGCAAAUGAAAUGAAACCAGAAACAGAAAAAAAAGCCCACUGGAAAUCUUAAAAAGGUUGACUCAUUUAAAUUUCAAAAUUUUAGGAAAGUGAAUGAUGUGUAAAGGUGCACAUGUGUACAAUCCCAUUCCCAUAGCAUUUUAAUAACAUGAAGGACUUUUACUAAAUUUUUAUUUAUUACUUUAUUAAAAACAAUGUUGGGGCACAGUGGCUUGGUGGUUAGCCUCACACCUCCAGGGUUGGG